AGACAAAGGACUUGAUUGGGAUUCGGGCGGAGCUGGAGAAAGAUUUCACUGUUGCGAAGAGGAACAAGGCGCUUUGGGAGAUUGUGAGUGCAAAUAUGAGAGAAAGAGGAUACCGUAGGACCCCUGACCAGUGCAAGUAGCAGGUCAUCAAUCUAGGGUGACUAUUUGUUCUCACCACCCAGCUCAUGAGAGACCUUGGCCGCCGACGGGCCGUUUUCACUCUGAUCAACAUCGCUGGCGUUGCCUCAACCCCCUCAUUCCACCACUGUGUGCUGUUGCCUGAUCCAGUACACUAUUAAAGGAAUUCUAAGGUUUGGCUCUCAGAUCCUAUUUCGGUAUUUGCUUGAUUUGUGAUUUUGGGUUAUUUUGCUGCUGUAAGCACUUUGGAUUAGCGUUUCGGUCAGUUUUCUUUGUCUCAACAAAUGGCAGACAAUAAGAAUGUUAUUUCUGAUGUGAUUCAGGUGAUGACUAAGAUCACGGAACAUAAACUUAAUGGUUCGAAUUACCUGGAGUGGAGUAAGACUGUUAUGGUCUAUUUGCGUAGCAUUGAUAAGGAUGAUCAUCUUACUAAAGAUCCACCUACGGAUGAUACACGACAAACUUGGCUAAGAGAGGAUGCUCGGUUGUUUUUGCAGCUUCAGAACUUGAUUCACAGUGAGGCCUUCCUUCAGAAUAUGAGACUGCGAAAUCUCAGAUUCUCUCUAAUUCUAAGAUUUCCUCUUUGCAUGAAACGUUCACACGGGUCCUUCGUACAGAGAGUACCUAAUCUUCACAGUCUGUCAGUAAUGCUCUUAUUAGCUAUAAUUCAAAUGGACAACAGGAUAAUAGAAGAGGAAGAAGAGGAAGUAGAGGAGGAAUUACAGGCAACAGAAGUAAUCAGCGUAAUGGAGAGGUUAGUUCUAAUCAGGACUUAAGAGGAGUCAUUUGUUAUUAUUGCCAUGAGCCUGGCCAUACAAAAAUCACUGAUCACAAAUGGCAAAUAUGGCAGCAGAGGAUUCUACAGUAUCUUCCUCUGAGAAAACUAUUUUGGUAUCUGUAGAGGAUUUUGCACAGUUUUUCCAGUAUCAGGCAUCUCUAAAGCCUACCAGUUCCCCUAUCACUGCGAUCGCUGAGUCAGGUAAAUCCAUUACAUGCCUUGUGUCUUCCUCAUCCAAAUGGAUUAUUGAUUAUGGUGCGACAGAUUACAUGACAGGAUCUUACGACGAAGGGGAUUAUUGGUAGAGGACGUGAGUCAGGUGGUCUCUACAUUCUGAAAAAUCAUGUACCGCGGUCGCUUGUUUGCUCCAGUACCUUAACAUCUCUUGAAGCUCAUUGUAGAUUGGGCCAUCCUUCUUUGUCUACCAUGAAGAAGCUGUGUCCUCAGUUUCAGUCUUUAUCAGUACUAGAAUGCGAGUUGUGUUAGUUUGCAAAAUAUCAUCGUUUGCCUUCUGUGUCUAGAGUCAAUCAGUGUUAUUAAGGCGAAAGGCGACACUAAGGCGAUAGAGUACUCUAUGGCCUUAGGCG